UCCGGGUAGUUGUUGUAAAAAUUGGCGGUUGUCUUUUGCCGAGCGAGCAGUUGAGUUCAUACUUAACAAAAAUGUCGGAAAGUCCUUUUAAAUUGACGACCGUUACAUUCGGGUUUUGAGUUGUACUGUCGAUUUUUAUUGUUUUUUUUUUUUUUUUUUUUUAAAUAUACGGUUACAUCGAAACGAGGCUAAACACUUUGGGGCUAGGAUAUCGAGCUUGCUGUUUGUUAAUCUUUGGCUGCUGACAGGACCAUGUGUUUUUUUUAAUUAAUUAAUAUAUAUAUAUAUAUAUAUAUAUAUAUAUACACAUUUUUUUUGUUUUUUUUUGUUUUAUGUAACGAUGGCGUGCCAAACGCGUUUACAGAAAGAGAACGGCAAAUAUUUGUGGUUUACUCUUCUUGGACUGGGCUUUCGGCCUGAAAAUCAUCUCUUGUUUUAUGUCACCGAGACCACUGCAAAACACAUGAACCUUGGACCGAAUAUGUUUGAUAAACCCAACAAGGAUGCCUUCUACAUUGUCAUCCAUUUCCUGUUGGAAAAACUCCAUCCAACACGAUUUCAUCAGACAUACAAAUAUUGCUUGCCUUUGGGGAGCAACAAACAAGAUGCAGCGUUUCGCAAAGAGACCUGCUUUUGGCUUCGAGAAAUAAUGGAUGAAACUGGAUAUCCAGGUUCCAAAGUUCUCAUGUCGUUGUUACUCUCGCCCGGAGGCCCUAAAUUCACCAGCUUGAUGGUCCAUUUAGCCACGCAUGUCAUGCUGCAGGAAAUGAAAACAUUCAGCAUCGAUGGAAGCUGGGUGCCGGAUGCUGUCGCGAAGCCGGCCUCUUCACUCGACAUGGCUGUGAAGAGACUCAACCUGAUCAAGAAAAGGUUUUUGAAGGAGGUCAUACACCAGCAUUGCUUUCUUCAGGAGGAGCAGAAAAGAGUCCAGAGUGUCGUGAAUUCUCUGCGUGACCUCACAGCUGAGAGUAAGAAGUAUGACGAGCUACUCAAAAAGCAUGUGGGUGAUUGUGUCCAUGAGGAAGAGUCUUCCGCCGAUAAACCUGAAACGGUUCGAUCCCUGUGGUCGUCCGUGGACGGAAUGCUGUCGACGACCGAGCAAAACCGAAAGGCGUUGGAAAGCGUGCUGGAAGGAGAGGCGGACCGGUACGCCCUGGACGGCACGGGCCGCCGCCUCAAAGUUCCCCGUAGCCUGCUCGAGAGGAUGGAGCGGCCCUCGCAGCAGUUGCGCUCGGGGAAGGUGUACGAGGGCGGACAGCUGAAGCCGUUGUGCGCCCUGGAGCUGUUCGCCCACUCUCUGCGCCUCCUGAAAGACGAGUUCGGCGAGCCCCCGCUCAGCCCUGCCCGCUUCGACCCGCUGCAGUUGCAGGACAGAGGGCGGCGGCUGCUCCGUCACUUGCAGGAACUUCGGCUCCUCGGACUGAAGAUUUCCAUGGAGGAGAUUCCUGAGGUGAAGAGCGCCAUCAGCGAGCUGGAGGCCCAGUCGGACAAGAAGUGGCCGGACGCGCCUUUCGUCUCAUUGCUCGACGACGAUCCGGCGCUUGGCUUUCUUUCCCCAAUGGCUCGCUGGUCAUCUGAACCAACAUUUGAUUCUAGCGAUGCAAGUGGUGUUUUCUCCCAGUUUCCUGCAAAGCUUCCCGAGAAGUCUUCAGAGCGUCAUCUGGGCGAGGGUGAAAGCGAUACUUCCUUGGACCUCAAAGGCCGCGGCGCCGCAGCAGAAGAGCGCCCGCGAGGGGAUGCGGCCGCCGAGUCGUCCCCGGCCGACUCCUCUCUGGACUGGCUUCUCCGCGUGUCUCCGCCUCCUCGGCAGAAGACUCCGUCGGCACCACCGCAGGCCACCGUGAGGGAGACGCCCACCAGAACCAAGAAGCCAAUAUUAGACAUGGAAUGUGAUAACCUUGCUGACCAGUUUGCAGAUGCUGUAGCCACAGCCAGUCCGACAACAGGCAGACUCGCAGGUUUGGAACUCGAGGGAAUUCUCAGCGUCCUUCACGGAGAUCCCUUCAACACCAGGAAGCAGCUUCCUCGCACACCGGAGAGUUUGAUUCUAGAUGUGAAGAGCUCAUGGAAAAAGGCACUGGAGGAAGACAACGCAGAGAAAUGUGACGACAGCGUGGCCGGGUGCCUCACUCCCGUCGGUGACGCGCGACGGCCCGGAAGCUCGCACGACGCCUUCUCGACGCCCGGUACCCCAAAAAGCGAGCGGCGGUCGUUCUGGGGUACAGUCUGCCCCGUGACCCCCUUCAGCCUCGCGCAUGAAACUCUGCCUGAACUGCCGAGCUGCGACACUCUACUGAGCUUCGACGGCGACGAGGAAGAUGAACCGAUCGCCGUCCCCCGUCCAGAAGCGGACGAGUCGCCGUUGAACGUCAGCCGCGGCUACGUCCGGCAGCCGCGCGACGGCGGCUCACCUGAAUGUUUUCUAUUGGCUCGCAAUAUUUCGGCUUUGAGCAGAGAGCGACCGUCGCCGCCUGCCGUUUUUUCACUGGAUCUCGAUGCACUGGGUACGUUGACCCCACCACUAAAGACGCAGCAGGACUGCCUCCCGACACUCAUUUCGUUCUCCCCGAUGGACGAUAAGGCCCAUUAGCGCCGUUGUUAUUCUUCACGUGUACAUAUGUCGCUGUAUUGCAUUCCCUCAAAAUGGAAGAAAUUAUCUGUGCAGUGACAGGACCACUCCCCCUUUUGAACAUGCAUAAACACAAAUGUUUUUUCUUCCGGCAUGUAAAUUAUAACUGCGCAGUAUUGUCUUUUUCUGACUUCUGGCCUAUUUCCUUAAAUGGCUGCCAGCUCAAAUGCUAACUGCUGCAAUUGCAAUUAAAUCUCAUUUUAAAUGCAAUUAUACUUUCUCGAAAUGUUGAUUUGCAUGCUUUUUGACUACAAGUUGGGAAGUAAAGUUAUGCUAUAAAUGUUUGUAUUUAAAACAUGAAUUCAAUGAUAUGUUUAGAAUUUUAGUUAAUAAACAGUUCAAAGUUCA